AUGCUAUUCCGGGGUUUGACCUCAACAAUCUUGGCUAACAAAACGGGAUUUGUGUCUCUCACUAAACAUGCUAAGCAGUUACAUCUCGGUACUUCAUCAAAUGCUGAGGAAAAGAAGACUGUUACUCUCCUACCUGGUGAUGGGGUGUGGCCAGAACUCUUCGUUUGUGUAAAGUCAGUUUUCAAAGAAUUCAAUGUACCUGUUCAGUUUGAGGAGGUGAAAUUUGGAUUUAACAAUAAUUUAGAUCCAAAUGGUGGUCUCUAUAAUGCUGUCAACUCUGUUACUAAAAACAAGGUCGGUUUAAAAGGAAUUGUCCGUACACCUGUCGAAACUCAGGGAUCUAGUGCACUUAACCUAAGAAUGAGACGAGCUUUGGAUCUGUUUGCCAACGUUGUUCACAUUCGUACGUUGAAAGGGAUCCCAAGCUUUCAUCAAAAUCUUGAUUUAGUCAUCAUACGUGAACAGAUAGAAGGAGAGUAUUCGUCACUGGAACAUGAAUCUGUUAAGGGCGUAAUUGAGUCUUUAAAAAUUAUAACACGAAGUAACUCUGAACGAAUUGCAAAAUUUGCAUUUGAUUAUGCUGUCCGCAAUAAGCGUAGGAAAGUUACUGCUGUUCAUAAAGCUAACAUUAUGAAAUUAAGUGAUGGUUUAUUUCUCGAAACUUGCCAAAAUAUGGCCAAACUUUAUCCACAUAUUCAGUUUAAUUCAAUGAUUAUAGAUAAUUGUUGUAUGCAACUGGUCAGUAAUCCUGAACAAUUUGAUGUGAUGGUUAUGCCAAACCUAUAUGGUAACAUUGUUGAUAAUCUUGCUGCUGGUUUGGUUGGUGGUGCUGGGGUUGUACCGGGUGUAUCAUAUAGUCAUGAAUUUGCUGUUUUUGAACCGGGCACUAGACAUUCAUUCAAUGUGGCAUCAGGCAAAAAUAUGGCUAAUCCAACAGCGAUUCUAUUAGCCAGCUCAAAUUUAUUACGUCAUAUCAAUUUAGAAAGUUAUGCCAAUAAAAUUGAAACAGCUUUACUUAAAAUUAUUAAAUCUAAGAAAGCAUUAACUUCUGAUAUCGGUGGUUGUUCAUCUACAACUCAGUUUACAGAAGCAAUGAUAGAACAAGCUCAUAUUUCUUAA